UGUAACAGCUGCGCUUCCGCACGAAAACGGCAUUGGGGUGGGCAUGUGUGCCCCAGGCGCCUCCACCACAAUGAGGAGAGAUCGGGCAGCGCUUGCUCGCAUCACGUACUGCACACUCGCGCUAUGUUGUCUCCUUUCAUGGCGCACGCACGCGCAAAGCAUCGCAAUCUCGGGCUACUCGUUCUACCAGGGCAAGGACUUUGACGGCCGCACCUGGCCGGGCGCGGACCUGAGCGCCCAAGCGGUCGCCAAGCUCUCCAACGAGACCACCACGCAGUAUUACCAGCGCCUGGCGGGCACCUGCAGCGCCAGCUGCAGCUGCGGAGCAUUCAACACCGCCGGAUGGCUCAAGACGUACUACGACCCAGCCAAGCUGGGCAAUGAGAGCACCUUCAGCCAGCCCACACAGGGCCUCUACGCACGCGACAACCCGUGCAAUGUGCCCCCACUUCCGCCGUCACCACCUGCCCCUCCCUCGCCCGAGCCACCCUCGCCUGUGCCGCCUUCGCCGGCUCCUCCCUCCCCCGCCCCUCCCUCCCCCGUUUCGUCGCCGUCCCCGCCCUCGCCUCCCCCGCCCAGCCCCCGGCGCCCGCCACCCCCACCGACUUCCGGUAGCGCCCUGCCCGCCGCCCGGCCGCCACGGCUGUCGCUGCUGCUGCUGGCGUCACUGGCGGCGGCGGUGCUGGUGCAACACGUGGCGGCGGCGGCGGCUGCUGGCUGCCGCUGACGAGGGCGUGCCGCUGAUGAAAGGCAGUCGCCAACGGCUCUGUGAUCAUUAUGAUUUUGUGUAGAGGACUCUCAUGCUGUAACGGUUUCACAGCCUGCAUGUGCUCCAGUAGCGCCGGGCAUGUGGACAAGCGUCCAGGAGCGGCGAGGGGUGCUGCUGCUGAGGUUGCUGUCCCUGACAGUGCAAGGUGCGCGAUUACCCAGGUGCACGACCGUAAUGUGUCCGCCUGAGCUGUAUCCCCAUUUACCGG